AUGCAGAACAGCAGCUACAGUCACCUCGUCCAGCAGCCGCGCUGCGGCCAAGGAAUGCCGGACUCCCCGAACAUUGGCGUGCCGCCGUCAACCUACCCGCCGAAGAGCCCUAGUACGCCGCCGCUCGUGUUUACAGCGCAAUGCGGUGGAGUGCCUGCACAGCUGCAGGAUCCCCUCUCGAGUUCGCUGUACACUGAACCGCUGCAGAUGAGCUAUCCAACACUCCUGGGGCGUCACAACAGCUGCACCUUGAUUGAGGUCGAGGACAGUCCUAUCAAGGUCACUUGCCGCACCAGGGGUGGCUCCCGCUCGCCGUACAUGGCGCCGAUGCCGAGCGAAAUGGCCGCCGAUACGGACCGCAGCGGCCGGCACAACCCCUACAGCUUCAGCUUCUCCGGUAGCUCCAGUCCCAGACAGUUGUCCACCCCGACACACUCCCCGCAGAUCAACACAUUUGAGAUGGGAGGGGAUCCGUUUCGUAGGAUGCUGUGCGGUGGUCCGUGCCACGGCACGAGGCCAUCGGCGGCGGAUGCCCCUCUCAUGCAAGGCCACAGCGUGCGCCUCGACACGAUGUUUGCGCUGCCAUCGGAGGUGGUGCAUCGCUCCCUGAAAGAUCGUUGUCGCUACAUUCAGUUUCCUGCCGAUCUCCCACCCACCUCUAAUUCCGGCACAGCUGGCCCACACGCGAACAACGGCAACCACACCAGCUCGAAUGGCAGCACCGGCAGCGGCUUCUCUGGUGAGAACAAUCUCCCUAUGGCCCUUUUUAUUGGCCAAGUGCGGUUUGAGACGACGCCUGCGGAGCUUCUGUGGCUUGUGCACCGCACCUGUGGAGCCUGCGCGAGUCACCUCGAAAGCCGCGGAGCGGGGUGUUACCUACUGUAUUGCAAGAGUGAGGCGGACCUGACUCUCGUUCGCAGCUUGCACAAGCGCAUUCUCUUCGAUAUUGGUGGCGUGUGGCUGGCGCGAACAGCAGACGAGGUGGACGCAAUGUGUGAGUAUAUUGCACUUGACGCGCCGCUCUUAUCCAAGAAAGCUCGCCUUCCGCGCGAUUCAAUGGUAGUCGAGGAACUCAAGGCGGAUGCUGUCAAUAGUGGUGGUCGCCGCGCACACGGCGGCGGUGGCGGUCAUGAAAGGAGAACCUUCAGUGACAAUAACCUCUCCGGCCACUGUAGGGGUGGUGGCCGUGGCAGUAGUGCGCAAGGCUCUGGUGUUGACGACAUAUUCCAGGCGGCUGGCGGCGAAGUCAGCCAGAACAUCAGACGACAGCAGCAGCAACAACGGGAACGAGAGGGACUCCCGUCCUAUGAGGAGUCAGCUCUGUCGUACCCGGGCCACCCGCCUCAGUUCCUGGACGGUUGCCCUCUCUACAAGUAA